AAGUAAUUGUUGUAUCUGUUCAUUUGAACACUUCCCCCAAAUUUGGGUGACAGGAGAGCAGAAAUGGAGAGCAAGAAAUCCUCCGGCCCAGACCCUGAUUUUUUCUCAUCUGCAACCGCCGCCGCCGCCGGUAUUUCUGAUGAAGACCUUUCAAAAUACAAAUCUGUGGUCCUUGGGUUCUUCAACAAUGUCGGAGUAACGAAACACGUCCCCGAGCGUUACGAUUCAAAGCACUUCUACUCCAACUUGAUCGGAGGCCUCUUGAAGGUCCACCGUAUCGAGCGUGGCCGGAUCUCAUGUCUCCUCUCCGUGAAGCCUCCCGUUGCUAAUUUUUAUGGCGGAUUGCACGGAGCUGCUGUUGCAGCUGUGGCAGAGAUGGUGUCAAUUGCUUGUGCUAGAACCGUUGUGGGCAAAGAUAAAAAUCUCUUUCUUGGAGAAUUGAGCAUAUCUUAUCUCUCUGCUGCUCCAGAGAAUGCAGAAUUAAUAGUUGAUGGUUCUGUAGUAAGGCGUGGAAGAAACUUGACUGUAACUGCAAUCGAGUUCAGACUUAAGGGAUCUGAGAAGUUAACCUACACUUCUCGUGCUACCUUCUACAACAUGCCUGUUGCAAGUUUGUGAAGAUUCCGUUACUUUAGGCAUCUUGGUGCAUUUGCAAAUAAAGAGGCAUGGAAGUAAUGUGACCAACUGCUUUGGUUUUGAGAGGCGAAAAUUUGUUUGCAGAAUUAUACAAUGCCAUUUUCUACACACUGGUUGCAAAUAUGUAAGAUAAUUAUUGAUCAACAUAUUGUUACUCCGUAUAUGGUAUCAGUAUAUAUAUUUCAACUUCCAACGGUCAGUGAUAUUUAUUGGUAAUGGAAUGUUGCUUUUGGUCUUUUGGAUUUGAAGAUACUUAACCCAUCGUUGGAUUUGAAGAUACUUAUGUUGGGAUUUAUAUGUCCUGACAUAGCAAAUUUCUGUUUGGAUUAAAGUGACAUAUGUUCCUGGCGUUCAUAAAAUAUUUAUGUUUUAUACAAUUGGUGAAUUCAAUGUAUUAUAUUUCGAUUCA